GCAUGGAGGGAAUUUGUUUCGAGGUCAAACCCAGAGAUGACCCAAUCAAAGAUCAUCCUCUCUCUGCCCUUACACAAACACUUCCUGGAUCAGUGGAUAAGAGGAAGAAAGAGGAAGGGGAAGAGGAGAUUAAGUACAGGCUAACUCUGGUUGGAUCUUUGGCCAUCCAUCCACAGACCACCAUGACCAUGCUCCCCUGGGUAGUGGCUGAGAUACGGAGGCCCCGGCCGGGGGAGAAGAACGGAAACCAUGAAUUUAAUGGCACUUACUCUCCAGAGGUUCGAGAUCAACCUGUGGUAUUGCAGAUUUCAGCCAAUUCAGUGAGCUGCAUUCUGGACACGGCAGGACCGGGGAAGCCAUGGGACCCAUUGCAACAUAUGGUUCUGUUUGAUCACAGGCCACAUCGUAUCACCAAACUCAUUCACAACAGCCAGGAGCCCAGCUAUUUUGGCUGUUUGCUCAGAGAGGAGAAUAAAGCAGCCUGCUAUGUAUUCCGCUGCCAGGACCAGCUGAAGGUUCCAGAGAUCAUCAGCACUCUCAGACAGGCCGGCAAAAGUUCUGCCCGACAAGAAGACACUACCUCACCUCUACCCAGCAACGAUCAGCCAGAUGCCUCCUGCUCCACGGCAAUGACGGCCGAUGCAGCAACAGCCUUUUCUAAGAAGUUUGAGGUGUUGUUCUGUGGGCGAGUGGUGGUGGCCCACAAGAAAGCACCACCCGCGCUGAUAGAUGAGUGUAUUGAGAAGUUUGGACGUGUCAGCGUCACAGGCUCACUUGCAGCAGGCAUCAGGCGGGCGUUCUCGCUCAAUCAGGUGGUCAAUGGAACAAACGAGGGAGCAGAUGGAGGUGGAAAACGACCUCUAUUUUUCAAAAGAGAUCAGAGUUUUCCGUUUCUGCAAGGGUUGGAUGAGAAUGGCCUAUCACCGGAGCUCCAGCGACGAGCAGCAGAUGGAGCCACCGGGGUCCAACCCACCAGCCUACAGGAGAACAGAACCAUGCUGUUCACAAUUGGGCGCUCUCAGAUCUUUCUUGUAAGUCCCGACACUAAGAAAGUGGCCAUAGAGAAGAGCUUCAAAGAGAUUUCCUUCUGUUCUCAGGGUAUUCGUCACGUGGACCACUUUGGCUUCAUAUGCAGGGAGUCGGUGGAAUGCGGAGGCUGCCAGUUUGUUUGCUAUGUUUUCCAGUGUGCUAACGAAGCUCUGGUGGAUGAGAUCAUGUUAACUUUGAAGCAGGCGUUCUCUGUGGCUGCCCUUCAACAGAACAGUAGGACCCAGAGUCAGCAGUGUGACAGCUGUCCCCUGCAGCAGCUGCACAAACUGUGUGACAGAAUAGAGGGUCUACAUCCAUCCAAAGCUAAGCUGGAACUGCAGAAGCAUUUGGCAGGUCUGGAUAAUCAGGAGCAGGCAGCUGUGUUUGAGAGCACCAUGAAAGCCAGGCCUAAGUCAGAUCAGGAAGAGAAUGAGUUGGUUGUGUCAUGUCUUAGACGACUGUAUGAGGACAGACAAAAGACACACACACACAACAGACAAACAAAAAAGGAGGUUGCUGUGAAUGCUGAAAGCAGCACGAGUUCCAGUCGUGUGCGUCUGGAGGAGUUCAAGACUAGAGCAAAAAGGUCCCUCACCGAAUCACUGGAGGGGAUCUGGAAGGGCAGCAGUAAGUCCAAAUCCCAGAGGGAGAACAGUGAAGGAGAGAGCAACUCCUCCAGCUCCACCACACUGAACGGCACAUAUCAGGAAACAUCACUGGAGGAGCCCCUCUGCUCUCUCCUAACCUCCAGCCCACUCCGCUCUCACAAUUCCACAGGGGAUCUGAAGCAUCUAGAAGGCUCAGCGAGAGGUCAGGAGGAUCCUGAGAGCCCGCCUCAGGGUUUCAGGAGACGCGCAAGCACGAUUAGUCACUCUCCCAUGCUGUCGUCCUCUGAGCCAAGUCUCCCCCCUCUACAACCAACUGCCGCCACCAAGCCCAAACUGGUCCGACACUACUCCGUCAGCACAGACUCCCCACACCAGAGCAAUCCUUCCUCCCCUCCGGCUUCUUCCUCUCCCGUGUGUCAACGGCCGUUGAGGCCUCAUACUUUUGCUCAUGAUCUUUCCACCCGGCCCCUCAAGCGGAGUCCAUCAGGGCUGAGUGGCUUUAGAGCGAGAUUACACUCCUCCUCCUCUGUUCCAAAUUUCCUCAAAUUUCUGGCCCCUGUAGUGGAGAGUGAUGAUACCUGUGACUCUCAGAGGAAGAGUGACGUGGCAGCCCUGUCCAGUCCUGGUGCGGUGUGUGUCGUUGGGGAUGACAGUCCAUUACGUAGCCGGAGACACUCCUGGAGACAACAGAUUUUCUUAAGAGUCGCCACACCACAGAAGGGCUCAGACACCAAAGAAUCCGCUUUAGAGGUUGGCAGCAGAAUGGCAUUGGGGGGUGGGGACAGCACCCUGGGGGCGGUGCCAGAGGAGAGGAGAAAGACGAGUGGGGCAGAGCUAAGAGAGUUAUGGAGAAAAGCCAUUCUUCAACAGAUCCUCCUCCUGCGGAUGGAGAAAGAGAAUCAGAAACUACAAGCAUCAGAGAGUGAUCUGCAAUGCAGACGACUGAAGCUGGACUAUGAAGAGAUCACUCCAUGUCUGAAAGACGUCACUCUGGUCUGGGAGAGAAUGCUCAGCACCACUGGGAGGUCAAAGGUCAGAUUCGACACAGAGGACAUCCACACAGCUGUGGGACAAGGCGUUCCUCGUCAGCAUCGAGGAGAGAUCUGGAAGUUGCUUUCAGAACAGUAUUUGCUGAGGAAGGAGGGGCCCAGCGCCAAACCUCCUAACAAUAACGCUCCUUAUAAAGAGCUUCUAAAGCAGCUCACAUCUCAACAGCAUGCCAUCCUCAUAGACUUGGGACGUACAUUUCCCACUCAUCCGUAUUUCAGCGCUCAGUUGGGGGCUGGCCAGCUGUCCCUCUAUAAUCUACUGAAGGCAUAUUCUCUACUGGACCCAGAGGUGGGUUACUGCCAGGGCUUGAGUUUUGUGGCCGGCGUGUUGCUGCUCCAUAUGAGUGAGGAGGACGCAUUCCACAUGCUCAGAUUCCUCAUGUACGACAUGGGGCUACGGAAACAGUACAGACCUGAUAUGAUCAUACUGCAGAUUCAGAUGUAUCAGCUGUCUCGUCUGUUGCACGACUAUCACAGAGAGCUGUACACUCAUCUGGAGCAGUACGAGAUCGGCCCCAGUCUGUACGCCGCUCCUUGGUUCCUCACUGCCUUUGCCUCGCAUUUCCCACUUGGAUUCGUGGCGCGAGUGUUCGACAUGCUGUUCCUUCAGGGAUCAGAGGUCAUCUUCAAGGUGGCCUUGAGUCUACUUGGUAGCCACAAGCCUCUGAUUCUCCAGCAUGACAAUUUAGAGUCAAUUGUCGAGUUCAUCAAAACAACCUUACCCAAUCUGGGCCUUGUGCAAAUGGAAAAAACAAUCAAUCAGGUGUCUGAGAUGGAUAUCAGUAAGCAGCUGCAGGCCUAUGAGGUGGAGUAUCAUGUUCUUCAGGACGAGCUCUUGGAUGGUCCCUCCACUCUCAGCCAAUCACAGCGAGUGGCCCAGUUGGAGAAGACCAAUGGAAGCCUCCGACAGCAAAACUUAGACCUCCUAGAGGAGCUACAGGUUGCCCACGCUAAGAUCAGAUGGCUGGAGACUCGUGUGGACGGCCUGGUGAAUCGAGAGGCUGAGCUACAGUCGGAGGUAAAGACUCUCCAGCAGGAACAGACAGAGCAGCAGCAGACUGUAUCCAAUCUCAGAGAUCUCCUCAGGAGUCUGGGUAUAAACAGCCCCUCUCCUGAGCAGGACAACCUCACCAACACAAGCAACAACCAAUAACUGGCAGUGAGGAUACAGAGUCAAGUCUUUAGAAACACUCAACUGUCAUCACCAGUUGUGCUAUCAACCUCCUCCUGUAAAUAUCACGUCUGUCAUAAUCCUAUUGCCUCUGUCGUUCUCUAAACAAGCCAUCUUAGCGGAGGGUUUUCAGGGCACUGAAGUUUCUUCACCUGAGAUGAUCUUGAAGAUCUUAUCUUGGUAUUUCUCGCCAGAACUGAUCAAACAACCUAAACGAUCAAAGCAUUAAACAGCUCAAAAGAAUAGCUGAGAUGCCUCUCUUUCUGGUUCUUACAGCUUUCGUAACUGGCUUUUACUUUAUGGACAGAGAGGUUUUGGAUCACUAUUUUUUAAUAGACACUCCCUGCUGUUGUUUCUGUGUU